GCCUGGGCAGCCAGGGACUCAUGGCUGGGCCCACGCCUCUGGUCCUGCUCUGGGCACUGCUGACCCUCUGCAUCUCUGCAGGGACCUCCGAGGUGUGGGUGCAAGUCCAGAUGGAGGCCACUGAGCUCCCAACCUUCACUGUCCGCUGUGGGUUCCUUGGGUCUGGCUCCAUCUCCCUGGUGACUGUGAGCUGUGGGGGGCCUGAUGGUGCUGGAGGAACCAGUCUGGCUGUGUUGCACCCAGAAUUUGGAACCAGGUAUUGGGCCCCUGUCCGCCAGGCCCACUGGGAAACCAAAAGCAGCAUCUCCCUCACUCUGGAAGGGUCAGCGGCCAGAAGCCCUUGGGCCAACACCACUUUCUGCUGCAAGUUCGUUUCCUUCCCCAGUGGCUCCCAGGAAGCCUGUGGAGACAAAGGUGGGACUGGGGAUCCAGGACUCCCGGCUCCCUCUCCAGCCCCCAUUCUGCGGGCAGACUUGGCCGGGAUCUUUGGAGCCUCAGGGAUCCUCCUGUGUGGCUGCAUCUUCGUCCUACACUUCCUACAUCGGCAGAGGCAUCGGUCUGUCGCUCAGCUUCAGGCACCUCUCUCCAGCGCCUGGGCCCAGAGGAGAACUCAGGCCACCAGCCAAACCUCCCUGAGCAGUCUCCACCUUCCCGAUACCCCCACCACUCUCUGCCCAGCAGCUCCGAACAUGGGGCACCCCCACCAGCGACUGUCCCAGUGGGCAUUGCUCCCCAUUCACACUGCAUGCCAAACCCAGGUACCUGUCACCCGUGGGUCCCUGCUGGCCACUCCACACAGCAGUUUUAUCUCUGUUGAGAAUGGACUCUAUGCUUGGGCAGGAGAGAGGCCUCCCUGCACUGGCCCCAACCUCAGCCCUUCCCCUGACUCUUUGGGGCCCAGGGUCAUGGAGGGGUACUCGGGAGUUUGAUGAGAGAGGUUCCAGGUCAGUUUGGUCUCCCUUCCCAGGCCUCGGGGACCCCUUUCUGCUGCGUAUCUGUGUCCCAGGCACCCGCUGUUUUUUCCACAUCAUGUUUUAUUCUUAACCUUCUAAUAAGUGUCUCACAAACCUAGCCAGGGCCCCCCUCGAUGCGGAUGUGGUCAGUGUGUGUGCACAUGUGGGCACAGGUGUGGGUAUGUGUAGUGACA